AGUUGUAAGUUAUAUUUAUUUUGUUAUCAAAUUUGUACAUAUACUUACACUCUAUCCUAGUGCCAAUUCAAAAUAAGUUGCCUUAUGAUGGCAUUAGAAUGCAGAACUUGCUUAAACACACAAAACUUAAGUCCAAUAUUCACAAUACAAGAACGCGCUGAGAAAUAUACGGAGGCGAUAUUCAACGCUUCAUCUGUUACGGUAAAAAUGAAUGACAACCUUCCACAAGUUAUGUGUUCCACUUGCAUAGAUUCCAUCAAUGAAAACAUCAAGUUCAGAAGAAAAGCCCAAGACACAGAAAAAAUACUUUUAAACAGACUCAAUAAUACAAGUUGUGAUGUUAAAAUUGAACCAUCUGACUCUAUCAAACUAGAAUCCAAUGAAAACAACAAAUCUAUCUUGAUUGUUGUGUCUGAUUUAGAAGAUUUUAAGGAUUAUGAUGACAAUGUAACUCUAGACACAUUGCAGUACAAUUUGAAUGAGAAGUUAAGUUCAGAAACCGAAAUGCAGUAUGGGAAUUCUGUUGAACAACAAAUUGAAGUUAAUAAAGAACUGAAAAGAACUAGAUUAAAAAGAAAGGAUAAUCCAUCGAAGAUCAAUAGGAAAGAAAAAACAGAUAUAAAAGAAAAAGAGGAGAUAGAAUGUGAGAUUUGCAAUAAGAUUUUGACAUCAAGACUCUCACUGCGGAACCAUUACAAGAUACAUACAGGUUUUGAUGUCGUCUGUGAGCACUGCGGUAAAAAGUUCAUUACUCGUCGCCUUCUGCUGAUGCACUGUAGAGCAAAACAUGGCUACGAAAAAACGGACAAAUGUUCAUAUUGUGAUUACAAGGCAUCCAAUGCAGAGCAGGUAAAAAUUCAUGAACGCACUCAUACCGGUGAAAAGCCUUAUGUGUGUGCAGAGUGUGGGGCUGGCUUCCACCGCAAGAGUAGCUACUUGCAACAUGUAGCUAUACACUUGCCCGAGAAAAAUGUUCAGUGCGACCAAUGUCCGGCCCGGUUCAAGUCAAUAACUUUAAUGCGCAUUCACAAGAACCGUCAUCGGGGGCCACAGUAUACAUACAGAUGCACGGUGUGUAACAAUUCCUUUGCAAGGCGACGCAACGUUGCGAGACAUCUGCAGCGGAUACACGGCCUGCAACCGCAGCAGCAUAUAGAUCGUUUGAAGAUUUCUUAGCACAUAGUACAGUGAGUAACGCACUGGUUAAAAUAACACUUUUAUUAUUGGACAAGGUAUGAAAGCACAAUAUGUUGUUGUUUUGACAAGUAAAUCUGUAAAGAGACUUAAUGCUGUAACUGGAAAUUUAUAAAUGUUUAGAUAUUAUAUAAAAUCAUUGUAUUGUUGUAAGUAUAUGUUUUAGUUAUCCAGAAAUAAAAUAUUUAUCUAAAUAUGUGUUUGAAUAUCACAAAUACUGUAAAACUUUUGCUUUUAAUGCUAAAAAUACAGUCAAUCUAUUAAAAGUAGAAAAUAUUGAGAGCAAUGUGUGUUCUUGCAAAGUGCCCUCAAGCUCAAGAAGCUGCCAAUACUGAGUGAUUUUCAAACAAUCUUGACCAUAUAAUAAGGUGUUGUAAUGGCAAAAAAGGUUAAAAAUCUAAGAAUAUAAUCUCUUUAUAUAGACUUGUAGAAUAAGUUGUGAUUUAUUAUUUCUGAAUAAACAAACCUAACUUCUAUCUGAAGUUUU